CCACACAUGCGGAGAAGCAACAAGCUACCGAACAGCGGCAACAGCUAGCCUCCAGCAGCUCGCGUCGUCAGGACGAGGCGCAUUAACAUGCAAAAGUUUCGAAACACGGAUCCCCGUGUCAAGUAGACACAAGAGUCGCGUUUGUAGGCGCCCGGGACGGCUGCAGAAACCAUGGGCCACAACUGGUUUUCGUAAUAUUCGUGUAUGUUGUCGAAAUUGAGAGCUUCAAAUGUGCGAAAAGUCGCUCGGUCUGUCCUCGUCGUUGAACAAGAUGGCAGCAACUGCAGUACCGUUAAAGGGUUCGACUGUGGUGCAGGUCCUCGUCGGUCCGGUCUUUUACCAUUUGGAGGGUGCGAUUUACUGGUCCUACUGAAGGUAUGGCCUCACAAGUCUUGGUUUAUCCAUCACAUCUGCACUCAGCUCAAACAAGUGCCUUAGGAACUAGCAGCUGUGGUACCAGCAGACACAAAGGUGAAGUCCACCGCAGUAAUAACACCAGCAGAGCCUUUCAGCACCGACCCCCACCCAAGACUUACGUGAUUGGAGUCAACUACGGCAUUGCGUAUCCCAACAAUGUUCUCCCAUCCUCAACUGGUGCUGAUUUAGGAAGACUGCACCGUGGACUGCAGUUUGGUGAAACCGAGCAGUGGGCUCUGCAAACAGCAGGAAUACAGAGAAGAGGCAGCUGGGAGAACCUGAGAGAAGGACCACUCGGGAUCCAGCAUCAACAGCCUUUUGAGCAGGAAGUGAGUGACGGUGGUGGGACUUCGUCAGGGGGUGGCCUGGACUGUGGUUUAUUGAGGGAGGCCGGUGCGAAAGCAGAGGACGGCGAGAUCAAAAACAGAAGAAUACUACAGAGAGGAGGGUUUUUCAACUGUCCGGAUACAGGUGCCACUCAGAUAUGUGAACAGAAGACGGGUGAAAGUGUGGAACAACUGCAGGAGACCAGUCGUGUCAAAGCCAUGCAGAUAGUGGAGGAGAUAUCUGCUCUACCAUCACUUCCUCCCCCUGUGACCAUGUUGCAGACCAGCACUGAGAACAAUGCAGACACUGUCCGAGUAGGUGGUGGAGGGACGCUGCCUUCUCAACAAAACAUUGUCGAGGCGGUGGCAGGAAUCGGUGUGGAUGCGACUGACGGCGGCGGCGAGGUCGUGGCGAGCGCUGCGGUGACUAGAACUGCAUCUGGAGAUGGUGAUUAUCAGUUAGUUCACCAUGAGGUUCUGUGCUCCUUGAAGAACAGCUACGAGGUUCUGGAGUUUUUGGGUCGCGGCACCUUUGGUCAGGUGGUGAAGUGCUGGAAGAGGGGGACGAACGAUGUGGUGGCUGUCAAAAUACUCAAGAACCACCCAUCCUAUGCACGCCAGGGUCAGAUUGAGGUGGAGAUCCUGGCUCGACUGAGCAGUGAAAAUGCAGAGGAACACAACGUGGUGCGUGCUCUGGAGUGCUUCCAGCACCGCAGCCACACCUGCUUGGUGUUUGAGAUGCUAGAGCAAAACCUUUACGACUUUCUAAAACAGAAUAAGUUCAGCCCGCUGCCACUCAAAAUCAUUCGACCCAUACUGCAGCAGGUGGCCACUGCUCUGAAGAAGCUGAAGUCUUUGGGCUUGAUUCACGCUGACCUGAAGCCUGAAAACAUCAUGCUGGUGGACCCUUCCAGGCAGCCUUAUAGAGUGAAAGUCAUUGACUUUGGCUCAGCAAGCCAUGUGUCCAAGGCUGUCUGCUCUACUUAUCUGCAGUCCAGAUACUACAGGGCUCCCGAGAUUAUUUUGGGCCUGCCCUUUUGCGAGGCCAUCGACAUGUGGUCUUUGGGCUGCGUGAUAGCCGAGCUGUUUUUGGGCUGGCCUCUUUACCCUGGAGCGCUGGAGUACGACCAGAUCCGGUACAUCUCUCAGACUCAAGGGCUGCCAGCUGAAAAGCUGCUGAACAAGGGAACCAAGACCUCACGCUUUUUCACCAAAGAAUCUGACUCGCCUUACGCCUCCUGGAGACUGAAGACAACGGAAGAGCACGAGAAAGAGACGGGGCUUAAAUCCAAAGAGGCCAGAAAAUACAUCUUCAGCUGUCUGGAAGACAUAGCACACGUAAACUUGGUGCUGAGUCCAGAUACCGCCGACAUGCAGUCAGAGAAGGCUGACAGACGAGAGUUUGUGUCUCUCCUUAAGAGCAUGCUUACGAUCGACGCAGAGGACCGAACUGUUCCCUCCAGCAUCCUGAAUCACCCUUUCCUCACCAUGACCCAUCUUCUAGACUUCCCCCACAGCAACCAUGUACAGUCCUCUUUCCGCAUCAUGGACAUGUGCCACAGUCGGCCCAGCAAUGCAAUUUUUGAUGCUUUGAACCAGAACACCAUUCAUUUCUCAAGACCCCCCCUGGCCCCCACCUCCUCCUCUGGCCUUACUUUGGGUUACAGCAACAUACCGGUCCACACUCAGUCUGCUCAGUCCGUGUUGCAUCCUGGGAUAGCUUUGACAGCAGGGAACGGUCAGUUUGGCUGCAGUGACUCAUUCCCACCUGCCCUCCUCCUUUGCCCCCCAGCAAUGCAAGGUAACCUGAAUCAGCCAGCAACAUAUUCUGUCCCCAUGGUGACACAAGCUCCUCCCAUUCAGCCCCUGUCAGUGAGGCCUGGCGUGAUGGCUCAGCAGGCCUGGUCUAACCGCAGCCAGCAGCUUCUAGUUCCAGCAGCUUGGCAGCAAAUGACUCCAGUGGGUCCUCCCCCAUCUCACCCGCCUCCUCCACCUCCUACCUCCCUAACCAACGACACCACCGUGGGUCCACAAAUGAUCGGCGACUGGGGGAAAGUUCGCCCUCCCAGCAGCCACUACAACACAGUGAUGCAGCAACCCCUCCUGACCAAUCAGAUGCCAGCUCUGUCUGCCCAUCAGCCAAUCAACAUCGGCAUCGCUCAUGUUGUCUGGCCCCAGCCAACCACUAAAAGGAACAGACAUGGUCACAACAGGAACCUCUCCCACCACGGGAAUUCUGUAUGCCGAACACCCAAAAUGGCCGAGGUUGUGGGGCAGGCGGCUGCAGGGAGGCGGCAGCCUCAAGGGGCGGCGUCUCAGGGCGAAUCCCGGCCGCCCGACACUCAAAACAAAAACGAGAAAAGAGAAGAUGCAGAGGAGGAAGCCAGCUGUUUUAAACCGAGCGGGAACCGACGCGGAGGCUACUCCAGGCAGCCGCUUCGAGAUGUGGCGGUCCUCAUGGCAGACACACCGAGCCCCGCCCCCAGCGUGAUCAGCAUCCGCAGCGACCUGAGUGACGCCGAGGAAGUGGAUGGCGAAGAUCCCGAGAGGUGCCGUCUCAAUGAGUGUAAAGAGGAGUGCGAGUGUGAGGCUUGCCGAAACACCAGCGUGUCGAUGGAGAGGGUUUGCUCCCUCAGCAGUCCUGACAGCAGCCUCAGCACCAGCUCCUUUGCCUCCAACUCCCUUCAGUCCAGCCCUUCAGUCUCACCUUGCAAGAGACCCAACAGCAUGUCCGAGGACGAUGGCCACGAGAGCGGCUGUGACACGGUGGAGGGCUCCCCCACGUCUGACACAUCCACCUCCCCGCGGGGCAACAGCGCAUACCGUUACCUUAACAACAACAACCGGCCGGCGCUGGCUGCGGUGGUCGCGCCUCUGCCCUCCCCCACAGAGCAGGGCAGAAGUCCCAGAGGAAUCCGGACCAUGAUAGUCCCCCCAAUGAGAGUGCAGAGCAACAACAGGAACAGUCGUGGGAGCGAAGAGCGCGCUCAGAGAACAAUCUCAGACUCCUGGUCCCGAUCCAAAGGGCGCUGCAGCCUCGUGGGACAACAGAACACGCCCUCCACCAUCCCCCUCCUCCCAUCCGCCCCCUUCCUGUCCCGGCAGCAGAAGGUGGCGGGCCAGCAGCAGCACCCUCUUGGCUUUGGGCAGCCCUACGGCUCAAACCUGAGCAACAAAGAGUGGAACGGCAACUAUGGGCCUCUGCGGCCGCACGCCUUCAUCCCGCCCACCGUGCACACCUUCACUCACCUGCACCACAGCAGCCCCACGCACACGUCCGCCGCGCCGCACACGCAGGGCCUGCCCGCCCACACCCUGCUGUCCUACCGUCCCCGGCCGCCUAUACAGGCUUCCCUCUGAGCCCCACCAAGUUCAGCCACCACCCUCAGUUCUCCUACAUCUGAGGGGCAGGCCGGGGCUGCAGCACUGUCUCCUGAUAAGGGGGCGCCAGGGGAGGUGGAGCGGCGCCGCCACCUGGUCGGGCAGACCCAGCAGCAGAGCACAAAACAAACAUUUGUGAUGAUAAACAACACGGAUGGGAGGAGAUUUCCCCUUUUUUAUCGUAGAGGAUGAAUAAAGAAAAAACUGAUGUAACCAUGUGUUUGAGGACACAAAUUCACAGCCUCUGCAGAACGAGGCGUCACGCCACGACUCUGAUGUUCGUCAGGGCGGCGUCCGCUCUGAGACUUCCCUCAAAGUUCCAUCAGCCAGCGGAGGAGGAUGCAAAACCGCGGAGGACGGCGCUCAGAAAGGAACUACGGCGUGUUUUGCACACUGCCUCCGUCACUGGCAGUAGAGAAAAACAUUUCGAUUCCCAACAGGAAUUCAGUGGUGGCGUGUGUUUGUGGGGGGCGGUCCGGCCUUUUCCCUCUCCCUUUAUCAUUGUUGCCUUGUAGCACGAGCAAGCUGCUCAGAUCUGUUAAGCCAUUUGAAGCCAGAUUGAACGCUCCCGCCGUCGUCCGGGGCAGACCCUGCCGCCGCCGCCGCCGCCGUCUCCUAGUGCCUUAAAACCACCAUUUAUGACGUCAUUCAGGAGCUUUUAGAUUGUACAUUUAAAUGGGCUUGCAGCACUUAACCUUCAGACUGAAUACAAAGUGCUUAUUGGGUAAAUGAGGACAACGCGUGUGGGUUUGUUGUCCUCUCGUGUCUAACAACUCGGAGUGUGGGUUUAUUUAGCUUGAGGCUGCACACAUACUGUAGGGCUUUGACUGAAUUAGCUUUUAUGUACAUUAAGGGUGAUUUGAUAUUUUGAUAAUCAAUUUCUAUUCACUAUAGUACUUAAUUCAUAACAGUAUUGUCACUGUUUACUGUAACUGCAAUACAAUCUAGAUCCUCUGGGUUGCUGUGUUUUUAUUUUAGGCUCUGUGCGUUUUCUGUUUUAGACGUUGGGAGUGGCUUAGAUUUAAACUAAAAGAGAGUUGUGUAAUGUUUCUACUUUAAGAUGCUUCUCAGUGUUUGAAGUAACCUAUCGACUAAAAGUAUCACUGCUGGGCUUUUUAAGUAUUCGACGUGUAAUCGGUAAUUGUUGAAGCUUUUGUCCUUGUAUUAAAGCCUGUUGUCAGUUUUGAUACAUUCCUUCAGGGUGGAUGCAAAGCCUCGGUUUAUGUGCUUUGAACAUUUUUCUUUUGGUCUCGUUUCCAGCAUGGUGUGAAGCUGCGUGUUUAAACCCCUCAUAUCAGCUGUUUUUAUUUGACUCCAAUCAGCACCAAAGACUGUUGGGUAAUCAUUUCGUAAGCAUGGUCUCUGAAAUUUCUCCUUCACCUCCAGCAUACUGUUGCAGUUGUCAAUAUUGGAAUAUAAUAUGAAAUCUCUAUUUUGAAAGUUAGGUUGAGGUUUUUAUUUUCUAGCCACAUUUUGGCGAAUUGUAUUUGGAAUGUAUAGAUAUUAAGCUGCUAUGUACUGAUUAUCUGCCACUUCGUAGCUGUGAACUUAGAGGAUUAAUCUUUCUCGCCUGCGUUCUCUCCUUUUGUAUUGUAGUUUUUACAACUAGAUACAAUAGAAGUGGGGGUUUUAUUUUAAUGAUAGAGUUUAUUGAAUGCUUAUCCUAUAUGCUAGUGCCUCUGUAUAUUUGCUUUGUUGUUUUGAAGUGAUUGUAAACUGCUGUAAUGGAAGUUUUUUUUUUUUUAUUUGUUUGCUUUUUGGUGUCUGUGUGUUUUUUUGUGUGUAUUUAGCAUCAGUAUUUCAAGUGUAGGAUGGGUUCACUCUUUGAUUCAGUAACCAGUGUGCUGUUGAUGUAUUAUCCUUUAAUUUUUUGUUUUUGGCGUCAUUUCCUUUCUAGAACUGUAUUUGCAACUCUUUGUACUGUACAACUUAGUGCCUUUCUUCAAGCAGCGAUGAUUAUAAAACGCUUUGAUAUCGGA